GAGAGGCGGCGGUGGUGGCCUCGGGCCCCGGACUCUGGGACGAUCACGAGUCGUGCGCGUGAGAAGGUCCUCUUAGACAGUCUUGUUUCCAAGGAGCGCCUCCUUCGCUGGACAGACUUACUUUGUACCUGCUAGACAGGUUAGAGUUAUUUGUGAAUUGGUAAAUAGCCACUAUGGAGGCUAAAGACCAGAAGAAACAUAGAAAGAAAAACAGUGGGCCUAAAGCUGAGAAGAAAAAGAAACGGCAUCUCCAGGAUCUUCAGCUUGGAGAUGAAGAAGAUGCCAGGAAGAGAAACCCCAAAGCUUUUGCAGUUCAGUCUGCUGUGAGGAUGGCUCGAUCCUUCCAUAGGACUCAGGACUUGAAGACAAAAAAGCAUCAUAUUCCAGUGGUUGAUCGAACUCCAUUAGAGCCCCCACCAAUAGUAGUCGUGGUGAUGGGGCCUCCCAAAGUUGGAAAGAGCACUUUGAUACAGUGCCUUAUUCGAAACUUCACUAGGCAGAAGUUGACUGAGAUCAGAGGCCCUGUGACUAUUGUGUCAGGUAAAAAGCGCAGACUCACCAUUAUUGAAUGUAGGUGUGACAUUAACAUGAUGAUUGAUCUGGCUAAAGUUGCAGAUUUGGUGCUGAUGCUUAUAGAUGCCAGCUUUGGGUUUGAAAUGGAAACUUUUGAGUUCCUAAACAUCUGUCAAGUACAUGGCUUUCCUAAAAUUAUGGGAGUUCUCACUCAUCUUGACUCCUUCAAGCACAAUAAGCAACUGAAGAAGACAAAGAAGCGAUUAAAACACAGAUUCUGGACAGAAGUCUAUCCGGGUGCCAAGCUGUUCUACCUUUCUGGAAUGGUACAUGGAGAAUAUCAAAACCAAGAAAUUCACAACCUGGGCCGUUUUAUUACAGUUAUGAAGUUUAGGCCUCUCACAUGGCAGACUUCUCAUUCUUAUAUCCUGGCAGACAGGAUGGAAGAUUUGACAAACCCAGAGGAUAUCCGAAUAAACAACAAAUGUGACCGAAAAGUGUCUCUUUAUGGCUACUUAAGAGGAGCACACUUGAAAAAUAAAAGCCAAAUUCACAUUCCAGGUGUAGGAGAUUUUGCUGUGAGCGAUGUCAGUUUCCUCCCAGACCCCUGUGCUCUUCCUGAACAUCAAAAGAAGCGUGGUUUAAAUGAGAAGGAGAAGCUGGUUUAUGCACCUCUCUCUGGAGUUGGGGGUGUACUGUAUGACAAGGAUGCUGUCUAUGUUGAUCUUGGUGGUAGCCAUGGUUUUCAGGAAUCGGAUGAGAUGGGGCCCACUCAUGAGCUGGUCCAGAGUCUUAUCUCCACCCAUUCCACCAUUGAUGCCAAGAUGGCUUCAAGUCGAGUGACACUUUUUUCAGAUUCCAAACCACUGGGGUCAGAUGAUAUAGAUAACCAAGGGUUGUGGAUGCCAAAGGAGGAAAAGCAAAUGGAUUUGAAAACUGGUCGAGUGCGUCGGAAGGCCGUUUUUGGAGAUAUGGAAGAUGAGUCUGGAGACAGUGACGAUGAAGAUGAUGAUGAAAUGUCUGAAGAUGACAGGUUGGAAAAUGACUCUAGUGGUGACAAAACAGAAGAGGAGGAAGAUACUGAAAUGACUAAUAAGAAUAUGACUGUUAAAGGUGUCAAACGGCAGAAACUUGAGGAGCUAGAAGAAGACAGUGAGAUGGAUAUGCCAGCAUUUGCUGAUAGUGAUGAUGAUCUUGAAAAGAGCUCAGGAGAAGAAGAAAUGGAAGAAGCUGAUGAAAGCAGUGAAGAAGAGGACUCCACUGUAGAAGGAGAGGGGGGCAUUUUAGAAUCAAAGGCUGUUGGAGAAGGUGGCAAAGCAGGACUAUCUCCAGCUGAUCGCAGUGACCAUGUGAAUUUGGAGAAGUCUUUGCUGAUGAAAAAAGUGACUCUUACCACUUCCGAUUCUGGCCAUUGCACAGCUGAAGAGGCAUUUGCAUCUGAAGAUGAAUCUGAAGAAAGCACCUUGCUCAGUUCAGAGGAAGAGGACUCAGAAGAUGAAGAGGAUAUUAGGGGAAAGCUUUCUCAAGUGGGCAGUGGUCAGAAACUGGGUUCAGAGAACUUAAUUGAUGAGACCAGUGAUAUAGAAGAUUUACUCAAAGAGGAAGAAGAUUACAAGGAAGAAAAUAAUUGUUCCACAGAAACCUCCGGUGCCUUCAAGUGGAAGGAAGAUCUUUCCAGGAAAGCAGCCGAAGCCUUUCUGAGGCAGCAACAAGCAGCUCCAAACCUCCGAAAGCUUAUUUAUGGGACAGUGACAGAGGAUAAUGAAGAAGAAGAUGGUGAUACCCAAGAAGAACUUGGAGGGUUGUUUCGUGUCAACCAGCCUGACAGACAGUGUAAGCACAAGGCUGAUUCUUUGGACUGUUCCAGGUUUGUUGUGGAGGCACCACAUGAUUGGGAUUUAGAAGAGGUUAUGAACAGUAUCAAAGAUUGCUUCGUGACUGGGAAGUGGGAAGAGGAUAAAGAUGCAGCCAAGAUCUUAGCAGAAGAUGAGGAGCUUUAUGGUGACUUUGAAGACCUGGAAACAGGGGACAUGCACAAAGGAAAACCAGACCCAGAUUCUCAGGCUGAAGAUAUACAGAAGGAAGUUAAGGAAGAAAUUGACCCUGACACAGAGGAAAGUGCCAAGAGAAAGCAUUUAGAUAAGAAGAGAAAAUUGAAGGAGAUGUUUGAUGCAGAAUAUGAUGGAGAAAGCACAUAUUUUGAUGAUCUUAAAGGAGAAAUGCAGAAACAAGCCCAGCUUAAUCAGGCAGAAUUUGAAGAUCAAGAUGAUGAAAACAGAGUUCAGUAUGAAGGUUUUCGACCUGGAAUGUAUGUCCGCGUUGAGAUUGAAAACGUUCCUUGUGAAUUUGUGCUGAACUUUGAUCCCCAUUACCCAAUUAUCCUGGGUGGUUUGGGCAAUAGUGAGGGCAGUGUCGGAUAUGUGCAGAUGCGCCUGAAGAAGCAUCGUUGGUAUAAGAAAAUCCUCAAGUCCCGGGAUCCAGUCAUUUUUUCUGUAGGGUGGAGGAGGUUUCAGACCAUUCCACUCUAUUAUAUUGAAGACCACAAUGGAAGACAAAGGCUUCUGAAAUAUACCCCACAGCACAUGCAUUGUGGAGCAACCUUUUGGGGUCCUAUCACUCCACAGGGAACUGGCUUCUUGGCAAUACAAUCUGUCAGUGGCAUAAUGCCUGAUUUCCGGAUAGCUGCUACAGGAGUUGUCCUUGAUCUGGAUAAAUCCAUAAAAAUUGUGAAGAAAUUAAAGCUAACUGGUUUUCCAUAUAAAAUUUUCAAGAAUACUUCAUUUAUUAAGGGAAUGUUUAAUUCUGCCUUGGAAGUUGCCAAAUUUGAAGGUGCUGUGAUUCGAACUGUCAGUGGAAUAAGAGGACAGAUCAAGAAAGCACUCCGGGUUCCAGAAGGAGCUUUCCGGGCCAGCUUUGAGGAUAAGUUGCUGAUGAGUGAUAUUGUCUUCAUGCGAACUUGGUAUCCUGUCUCCAUUCCAGCCUUCUAUAACCCAGUAACAUCUUUGUUGAAACCAAUGGGUGAGAAAGACGCUUGGUCAGGAAUGCGGACCACAGGUCAACUCAGGCUCGCCCAUGGUAUCAAACUAAAGCCAAACAAGGAUUCUCUGUACAAGCCAAUCUUGAGGCAAAAGAAACACUUUAAUUCACUGCAUAUUCCAAAAGCCUUGCAGAAGGCCCUGCCAUUUAAGAACAAGCCCAAGACCCAAGCAAAGGCAGGCAAAGUGCCAAAGGACAGGCAGAGACCAGCUGUCAUUCGUGAGCCUCAUGAAAGGAAGGUCCUUGCACUGCUAGAUGCACUGAGUACAGUGCACAGUCAGAAGAUGAAGAAGGCCAAGGAACAGCGGCACCUACACAAUAAAGAGCACUUCAAAAUUAAGCAGAAAGAAGAGCAGGAGAAACUGAAGCGACAGAAGGACCUCAGGAAAAAGCUUUUCCGAAUUCAGGGUCAGAAGGAAAGGAGAAAUCAGAAGUCCAGUCUGAAGGGGACUGAGGAACAACUGAAGUGAGUCUUUGGAAUGGAGGGGCUGUCCCUGAAUCUGCAGAGUUGAACAGUUUCAAAUAUCACAGUGCUUGUAAAUAACAAGUCAGGGUGCAAGAGCCCAAGAUAGACCUCUUUUUGGAUACAUCACCCAGACUGUGCCUUGAGAGGAGAAAUGAUGACUGCCCUGGUAGGACAUAUGCUCAUUCUCAGCCUCUAGUGAUGUUGAGAUUUAAAGCACUGUAGAUUAUGGUUAUAUGAAUUCUUUACUUUUCUCUACCUGCCUCAGUUUAAUUAUUUUGUACUACAAAAAUAUCAUUAAAAUAUUUCCCUGCUAAUUUUGGCUUAGUAGUUUUUAUUAGGGAUGAAUGCCUGACAAUUAAUAAUGGAUAAUUGUUUAUUUUACCACCUUCAUGAUGAGUCAGAAGGGAAAGAAAUAUUCAUUUGAACCCUCAACUUUAAUGUAAAAUUUAGAGAGGGUAUGUGGUUGUGUUUAUCUUUUGUGUGUUGUUAUUUUCUUUGAUCACUGACCCUAAUGGACAUUUUAUAUCUUAUUUCAUAUGUUUUGCAUAUUAGUUUAAUAGAUAGGUAACAGUAAAAUUUUUUUUAAAGCUUUAGACCAGGAGAUUGUUCUGUCUAUACAGAGACCAAGGAAGUAGUAUACAUUAAUGAAGUAGUCUUCUUGUAUUAUGCUCAUGCAUUGUACCUACAUAGCUACAUUGCCUUUUUUAAUUGAAUUUUUAUUGAUGUAAUCAUACUAUGUGAUGUAUAUAGAUUCAGUAUAUGUUGAUAUAAUCAUAUGUGAUUGAAUCCCACAUGAUGUAAUCAGAGAUUCACAUACAGUGGCACACUUUGUCCAAUUUCUUCCAAUGGUAACAUAUUGCAGAUAUCAGAAUUAGAAUGUUGACGUUGAUAUAGUCCACUGAUUUCAUUCAGAUUUCCCCAGCUUUAUUUAUAUUCCUGUGUGUGUGCAUGUAUGUGUGUAUAAAAAUAUGGAACACUUCAUGACUUUGUAUGUCAUCUUUGUAAAGGGGCCAUGCUAAUCUCUGUAUUGUUCCAAUUUUAGUAUGCAUGCUGCUGAUUUGAUUACCACAUUGCCGUUUAAAUCAUAUGGGUCAAAGAAAAUUCACCUGGGGCAAAUCAGUGGGUUUCCUGGCAGGAUUGGGAGCAGUAGCCUAGUAUAGGAGGCUUUAUAGAAACGUAAACUGUCUGUGGGCAAGUACUUGGCUAUAGGUUUCCAUAAAAAAUGAUGGGAAUGUAAGAACUCUGCCAGGGCUGGGUCUGUCUGGGAAGUAACAGUUGAAACAUGCCCAGAGCAUUCCGAAAAGCUCUGUGUGUAAUUUUUCAUCUAUUCCUCAGAAGCAGUUAGGAAUUUCAGCAUCCAGUAUGUUGAUAGGUCUGGAGACUGAUGCGUAAUAAACUCAUAAACAUUACAAAAUACUGUUAAGUCUAAUUUCUGUUAUGCUAUAUAGCAUAAUUGAUACAUUUUAAAAUACAAAAUUGUACUUCACUGAAAAAUAUACAAGGUACU